AUGACCGAUAUUCGCCUUCACAUCGCCAUCCUCGUGUGUGACACGCCUAUUCAACCCGUUCUUCAAAAUUAUGGCGAUUACUUUACGAUGUUCCAAGACCUUCUGCGUCAAGGCUUCGAAGACCUGGAUUUAACGGAGAAGAAGUCCGGGCGAAUUGUGGUGGAGUUCAGUGAACACAACGCGGUAGACCGUGAAUUUCCUGAUUUGACAGAAGUUGACGCCUUGCUGUUAACUGGAAGCAAGCACGACGCCUGGGCCGAUGAUCAAUGGAUCCGCGAUCUCACCAACAAAGUCCGGGAGACCGUCGUAACAUACAAGAAACCGGUGGUUGGAGUCUGCUUCGGACACCAGAUUCUGGCGCGGGCGCUUGGAGCACGAGUAGGCAGAAACGAGCUUGGAUGGGAGGUCUCUGUCGAAAAGCUCACUCUGACCGAGGCCGGAAAGGAAUUGUUUGGGAAGGAUACACUGAGCAUCCAACAAAUGCACCGAGAUAUUGUCUUCGAUACUCCCCCAGAUGGUUGCGUGAAUCUCGCUGAAAGUCCGAGAUGCGGAAUUCAGGGCCUUUACUUGCCAAAGCGACUUCUGUCAGUGCAGGGGCACCCAGAGUACAAUGAGGGAAUUAUGUCAUGUUUGUUAAAAGCCAGACAUGAGAUUGGGAUCUUUUCCGAUGAGCUGUACAAUGACGGUUCAUCUCGAGUCGGUGAUUCUCAUGAUGGGCGGUUGAUAGCGAGGGUGAUGGCGAGAUUCAUACUAGAUGCGAAGAAUUAG